AUCAGCAGCAUCCUCUAAUCUCUCAGCCUGUCCUCAGCGUACGAUGCUCUUUACAAAGUCUGCAGCAGAUUUAUAGUUUCCUGAUAAAAAAGGAUUUACUUUGAGGUCCGGAUCUUCAGUUCCACUGGUCCCGAGUCAAACUUCAACCCCACGGGUUUCUUGGCUUCCAACCAACAAUAUCUCAUUGCAGAGACUUUGACUUCACCCUCUGUGGGAAAUGAAUGGGAGGCACAACAAGUUGUCGAAACAAAUGAUAAAUUCUCUCUACAGAAUUUAGAUUUUAGUCACCAAAAACCAAAUGCGAGAGAUUCCCUUCUGUUACCUGAUUGAGGAGACUACAAACAAUCUGGAGGAGGCCUUUUGGAUACUUCAUCUUUAGAUAACAACCCAGCUACGAUGGCAGACCAUUACCAGAACAACACAUAUCACCAGGGAGGCGGGGACAGUUAUGGGACUUACGGGGAAGGCGGCGGUCAUGAUGGAUACGGAUACCAGGCAGAUUAUCCUCCUCAAGAGGAGGACGCAGCAAGCGACGUGACUGAAGGACACGAUGAGGAAGACCAGAUGUAUGAAGGAGAGUACCAGGGGAUCCCACAUCCUGACGAGGUCAAAGCUGCGCAGAGAGCUGCACGAGCAAAGUCCAGAGAAGGCGGUAGUGCCGCUUCUGAACUUGAGGAGUUGUCAGAGCAGUAUGAAGACAUCAUGGAGGACUGUGGCCAUGGGAGGUUCCAGUGGACGCUCUUCAUUGUGCUGGGUUUGGCGCUGAUGGCUGACGGAGUCGAAUGCUACGUGGUUGCCUUCGCUCUGCCAUCGGCAGAAAAGGAUCUCUGUCUGUCCAAUGCAGAGAAAGGAAUGCUGGGUCUGGUGGUCUUCCUGAGCAUGAUGGUUGGAGCCUUCCUGUGGGGCGGUCUGGCUGAUAAAGUAGGCCGGCGGCGCUGCUUGAUCUUGGCGUUGGCCAUAAACUGCAUCUUUGCCUUCCUGUCAUCGUUUGCUCAGGGUUACGGCUUCUUCCUCUUCUUCAGGCUGCUGUCUGGCAUCGGGAUCGGUGGCACCGUCCCCAUCGUCUACUCCUACUUCUCAGAGUUCCUGCAGAUGGACAAGAGAGGGGAGCAUCUGUCCUGGCUGUGCAUGUUCUGGAUGAUUGGAGGGAUUUAUGCAUCGUUCACUGCGUGGGGAAUCAUCCCCAGAUACGGUUGGGGGUUCAGUAUGGGCUCAGAGCUCCAGUUCCACAGCUGGAGGGUCUUUGUCCUCAUCGCUGCUCUUCCGGCCAUCGCCUCUCUGGUUGGACUCACCUUUAUGCCUGAGAGUCCUCGCUUCCUGCUGGAGCAUGCGAAACACGACGAGGCCUGGAUGAUCCUGAAGCAGGUCCAUGAUACCAACUGGAGAGCCAAAGGGCAGCCGGAGAAGGUCUUCACUGUGACUCAUAUCAAGGCGCCGAAGACGGCUGAGGACGAGUUCAUUGAGAUUCAGAGCGCCACGGGAACGGCGGUGCAGCGGUGGGCUGUGCGCUCUCUCACCCUCUGUAAACUGGUGCUGAGAAACAUAGCAUCCCUGCUGUCUGCAGAACUGAGGUUUGCCACGCUCUUCAUGGCUGUCAUCUGGUUCUGUAUGGCCUUCAGUUACUAUGGUCUGUCCGUUUGGUUUCCUGACAUGAUAAAACACCUGCAGUACGAGGAGUACGAAGCCAAGGUGAAGACAUUCCACAGAGAAAGAGUGGAGAAUUUUCAUUUCAACUUUUCCUUGGAGAACCAGGUGCACAGGGACGGAGAAUACAUUAGAGACAGGUUUGUCGGCAUAGAGAUGAGAUCGGUGAAAUUCCAAGACUCCCUGUUUGAAGAUUGCCACUUUGAGGACAUCCGGUCUACAAACACAGUGUUUGAAAACUGCACCAUCCGCUCCACACUCUUCUACAACACAGACCUGUGGGAUGAGAAAUUCAUUGACUGCCGGAUGGAGAACACCACGUUCGAGCACAACAAACAUGGCUGCCACCUGGACACGGUGGAGGAGAACGACGUGUUGAUCUACCUGGUCAGCUUCCUGGGCAGCCUGGCCGUGCUGCCGGGCAACAUCAUCUCAGCGCUGUUCGUGGAAAAGAUCGGCAGGGUCAAGAUCAUAGGUGGCUCCAUGCUCAUUUCUGCUGGCUGCUCCUUCUUCCUGUUCCUGAGCUUCAGCCAAUCGGCCAUCAUCGCCUUGCAGUGUAUGUUCUGUGCAGUCAGCGCUGCUGCGUGGAACGGCAUAGAGGUGGUGACCGUGGAGCUAUACCCCACCUCUAAAAGGGCGACGGCGUUCGGUGUGCUGAACGCUCUGUGUAAGCUGGCAGCCAUCCUCGGCAGCUCCAUCUUCGCCAGCUUCGUGGGGAUCACCAAAGCCAUCCCUAUUCUUCUGUCGUUCGCCGCUCUGGUCUGCGGCGGCCUGGUGGCCCUCAAACUGCCCGACACGCGGCAGAAAAUCCUGCAGUGACGGGCUGAGCUGUCUGGAGGCGGAAGGGCCUGGAAGCUGUUGGACUUCAUGAUGCGGAAGGCGAGAACAGAAACACCUGAGCUGUUCGAGCCAAACGGCAAGCGCUCGUUUCUCCAUGUGAAACAUAUUCAUCUGUACAGGGGGGAGUUUUUGUUUUCAGGGUUUCAGCGACCUGCUGAUGACUGAUCCCUCCAUCCAUCCUCUGCGUCUCUCAGCAGCAGCUCCAUGAGUGAGGAGGAUCUUUGCCUUCCAGCAGUCUUAGAAAACUUAUAUUGAUUUGUUGAUAAAAGAUGCUCGCUUUAGUUCUCAACCUCUAGGAUUUGUUUUUAUCAGCAGUUACAGAAAUCUGAUUUAUCCUAAAAUCUGCCAGCAGGUUUGUGCUCUGAAAUCUGACUUAGACAUCAGGGAUCACUGAAGUAGAUCUGGAAUCACUCCUCCUAAACUCACAUGGUUUGAUCAGGUGUUAGUCAUUUAAAGAAAGUCUGGUCAUGAGGUUUAGUCCACCGCCUGUAUUUGUUGAAUGACUGUCAACUUGUCUCUAAUCAUUUAGUAGAACCAACAAGAAUCAAGCCGUUCAAUCUUUUCCUUUCGUUCUGCAUCUGACUCAUUUAUGAAGCACAACCAGUGGAUGUUUGGGCAAAAACAUCAGGCUAAGCUUUCAGAGCAGGCUGCCACCCAUGGAAAGGUGUGAAAUGAGUUAUUAAAGUUUCACACCAUCCAUCAGGUACAGAGUCACCUGUUUAUGGGGGGAAAUUUGUGCCACUAUUGUUGAAAUCAAAGAACUUGCUUCAUGCUUAUAUGGUAUUGGGUCAAUAUCACUGUUGUAUCCAGUUAGCUCUAUUGCUGACAUUAACAUUCCCCCCAUUUCCAGUAUACUAUAGAUUAUUUCCUCUAAUAAAGACAAACAUUCAGCAGGUAAAGGAAAAGUUCAUAAAUCACCAUCAUCCAGGAGGAGUUGAUUCCAGAUUUUUUUCCAGAUCAGCAUUUGUAUAUUUAAGAUUGAGGCUAAUCUGCCGCAAGCUGUUCUAGAAAACCUAUCAGCAGCAGUUUGGCUAAAUGUUAAACAGGUUUUUGUGGUUUUAACAAAUGUAGGUUUACCUAUAGGUCAACCUAUAAGGUUUAUUUAUUUCAGUCCAAAUGCAGCCUUUGCUGUUUCAUCCAGUCUGCUUCAGGCUGGAGUGUGCUGGAAAUAUUUUCCCUCCGAUUGGAGCCCAGUUGCUUGGCUAUUUCAUCCCGCCUCCAGAUUUUAACAUUCAUCCCAUGAGACUAACAGAAGCAUCUCAUCAGCACAAUAUCUGGAACAGCUGUUUAAAGGUCCAGAGUCCAGCUGUGUGUGUCUUCCUGUCCUGUACUGUAUGUCUUGCAUGAGAUCCACCGUCUGAGAGUGCUUCUAGGAGAAACAGAACUUUCUGUGUGUAACGUGAAAAGUUUCUGCGUGCUCGGAUCAGACCUGCUCAGUAUAUUCGAUUUAUUUAUGUUUCGUUUCUCUCCUCCUCAGCUGGGUUCUUUGUAGCAAAUUAGGGCUUAAAAAAAACAGAUUUUUUUUAUUUUAUUUGAGUUUAAUAUGGGAAAUAAAGACAAAUGCUUCUUUUUCUCAAUUUUGACUUUAAUGUCAGAAUUCUGACUUUUUUUUCCUU